UGCCCUUUGACCUCACGAACGCACCAGCCACUUUCCAAAGCCUCAUGGAGAAGGUCCUCCGCGAAUAGAUUGGUCGGUUUGUGGUAGUGUACCUAGAUGAUAUUCUGAUCUUCAGCAAGUCCAUGGAGGAACACCUCGAGCAUCUUGAGGAGGUGCUCGCUAUCCUCAAGAAGACGCAACUCCAUCUCAACUUGGAGAAAUCAGAGUUUGGGAAGGAUAGCGUCAUCUAUCUUGGGCAUCGAUUGUCUGCUGCAGGCCUAGAGCCUGAAGCAACCAAAAUUGAGGUCAUACGCGAUUGGCCUCGGCCUGCGAACAUUCGCGGACUGCGGUCUUUCGUUGGUCUCGCGUUGUAUUAUCGGAAGUUUGUACCCCGUUUUUCUAUCAUUGCUCGUCCAUUGUCGCGACUAACCAGUAAAAAUGUGCCUUAUUCCUGGGAUGCCGCGUGUACGGAAGCUUUUCGAGCUCUCAAGGAAGCCUUGGUAAGUUACACAGUUCUCCGCAUUGCAGAUCUCAAACUGACGUUCGUAGUCACUACGGAUGCAAGUCAGUAUGGAAUCGGUACAGCGCUGCAGCAAGAUGACGGCGACGGCCUACGCCCACUCGAAUAUUACAGCAAACGCAUGCCCAAUGUCAAGGUAGCCACUUCCACUUACAUGUGGGAGCUUUAUGCCUUGCGCAUGGCAUUGGAUCACUGGAAGCACUACCUUUUGGGACGCCAUUUCAAGGUCGUCUCAUACCAUGAGACCCUGAAGUGGAUCAAACAGCAAACUACCCUGUCCCCUACCUUGCUUCGCUGGUUCCACGAGAUUGACAUUUUUGAUUUUGAAUUAAGGCAUAAGAAAGAUCUAGGGAUUCGUGAAUUCCAACAGAAAUACAUUCUGCAAUUCGGAACCCCGAAGACUCUUGUGAGCGAUCGGGAUCCGCGUUUCAUUAGCACUGAAUGGAAGGAUUUCACGUCUCACCUGGGAAUCAAACUGUGCAUGACAUCUGGCCGACACCCCGAAGCCAACGGUUUGGCUGAGGAGAUCAACCAGACGGUAUUUCAACUUCUCCGCGCGUUGAUUAUUCCGGACCAGGAGACAUGGGAUGAGGAGUUGUAUUCUGUUAAGGGGUUGUACAACAACUCCAUUCAUUCUGCCACCGCCAUGACACCCAACAGGUUGCAUUACGGUUGGCAGAUUCGUAAUCCGCUCGCCUACUUAUUCCCCGAGCAGCCAGCUGGCUUAACACCUGGCAGGCCCGGCUUCAAGGCUAAGUAUGAUCGCUUGCUCAAAGUUGCUAUUGCAGCUAUGACCAAGCGACAACGUGCCAUGAUCCACCAUGCGAACAAAAAGUGCCGACCAUCGGAGAUCCAGGUAGGAAGCUAUGUCUGGGUGAAGAUGUCUGAAUUCUUAGAGGAGGAGGGAGUCUCACGCAAACUCCUCCCACUUUACUACGGGCCUUGGGAAGUUUUGGAUGUAAUUGGGGAAGAUCACUUUGGCCCUUCAUACGUUGUAGACGUGCCAGCUCACCUGUGCGCAUAUCCCGCGCAUUUGGUACUGCUCCACCUUGUCCAGGCUUCCUUCCUCUAUUCCUUUAUCAAUGGUGGCCUAGGUCCAGGAGAGGAGAGGAGGCUACGAAGGGAAGCUAGGGAGAGGGCAGCGGCGAGGAGGAAUAGGGACGCAGCAGCCAGCUUAGCGGCUGCGAUGGCUACCGUCUCUUCGACAUCGCAGUCCACCUCCCAGUCUUCUUCGUCAGGGGCUGGACAGGGUGGAUCGGGUGCAGUUAGUCAAUCUAUUGGCUUGCAAGUCAACCAACAGGCUCUACUCACACCUGAGGACAUAGAAAUCCAAAAAGUGGAAGAACUUCAGGAUGAGUUACGGUGGCAGUUGGACGAAGCAUCAGAGAGGAGAAGAAAAGCAAUCAUGAGGAAGGCCAGAUUAGAGAGUAGGAUGGAGGCACUAGGCAGACUAGAGGACCUAGAUGAGGCGACAUUAGAGCCUGCUGGACGCGUGCUGCGUAAUGCUGUCCUAUCUAUAGCAGAAGCGCAAACAGUUCAACAGGAACUGUUGACUGAUCUAGUGGCAGGCCAGAAACGAAUUCUGGAUGCACUCCAAGCUCCUCGUCCAGUGAUGAGGCAGCCACAGUUUGUUGUAGUUCCCCCUGCAGGCGCGGGUCCUUCAACGAUGCCGCGACCCACGGGACAAUCCUUUUCUCCUAUGUUUGACAUGCCCCCUCCUUGUGGUGUAGGAGUAGUUAGUGGUCCGGUUCAAAGAGUCUCAGCCGUACCAUCUACAACAGUGGUCACCACAGUCCCAUUGUCAAGCCAGGCCCAGUUCCUUCUCCUCCUCCUUGAGGACCCCUUUGUCGUCGUUCUGCAUAGUGUGGUUCUGGUGGGACCAUCUCAUGUGGCGAAGGUGCUGGCCAGCCAGGUAAUUGUGUACAGGCAGCCAAGGUAUCAGAGACAUCACUACUCUGCACAACGGAAAUGGAAUCCAUUUUGCAGCUGGAGUAACAAAGGACUCGAUGAUGUGGAUAACCAGAAGCAGCGACAGGAGCAGGGACGGUCUGGCAAACAUAGCUUGCCCAAAAAAAUGCCUGAAUGGCUAGCUGAGCGAGAACGAAAUGGGCCGAUUCAGGGAAUUCAAAUGGAACAUGUUGUGGUACAACUGAAUUCGUCCAGGUUUGUGGAGAGGAUGAUUCUAUCUUUGAGCCAGCGAGCAAUCGAACAAUUGCCCUGCGUGUCGGAUAUGGCAUUGGCAUGUGCGUUGUCGAUGAAAGUAGCAGAUGCAACAAUAACCAGGUCAGGCGGAAGCACCGAUCUUCAAACAUUGCCUAACAGGGUGUCAAGGAGCAAUGACAAAGAUCUCCAGUAUGAGUCUAGUCCUGAUAAACAGGGAAAUAGACAUGUAGAUUUGGUGAACCAGCCAGGUGACAAGAAGCGGUCAUGGGGGAAAGUGAAGAGAAGGAGAAGGGGGCAUGCUGUGGACCCGUUUUCAGGGAAGGAGGAACAGAAGGGGUCAGAGGAAUUUGUGGGUUGGAGGAUUAUUUGCCUUCUUGUUCAGGUUGCACACUGUUUUACGCUUGGUGCGUUGGCUGCGGUGGUCGCCUUGGUACAAGCAAGCAUUUGGAUCGUGUUAACGAUGUUGCUCCCGGUUGCAGGGCUGUUGGGGGAGUGGAGUGACACAUGGCAUGCUGUGGUGCACCGGCAUGCAGAACUGAGCCUCGGUAGCAUGGCACUGAAGAGUUGCUUAGAGAGGCAGCUGUUGGAGGCCUAUUGCCUGCUUGGUUCAAGUUCUAAAGGAGGCAGAGACAGGAAGGCGGAGGCCAGGAUAAAGAGGGAGGCUUGGGAUGUAAGGGAAGCACAUAUGUCCGCUUUGCGGAAUCAUGGUCUGCAAGCCGAAAUGCUUGCGGAUAUGGUUUUGGGUAUGGUGGCUGGCAUCCUAUUGAGGUGGCAGAAGGAUGUGGUAUGUCAAUUGCUAAUGGGCAUGGGUUCCGAUGUGUCGACGGGUCUGAUGAAGACUGGGAUGGUAUGGCUUAUGGGAGUCCCAGCAGGAUUCAAACUUAAUAAUGAGCUUGCCAACUGCACCGGUCGAGUUUCACUCUAUCUUAUUCACGGGUGGGCAACACUGUGCUCGUCUCUAGUGGUCCCAGUAUUGCCGAUGAUAUUGGAUGUAGUUGCUGUUGCAGGCUUAUCAGGGCUGUCUGUGCUGCUGUCGCUGCUUGGUGACCUGCUUGCUCUGGCUACCUGCCACAUGGCUCUUCUCUAUGGUGCAAUGGCUGUGGUCUACACUCCUCAGCUGCAAGCAGCAGGGGCACUCUGGCGUAUGUUCAGAGGCCAAAAGAGAAACCCAUUACGACAUCGGGUCGACUCUUACGAGUGUUCAGUGGAGCAAUCCCUUGUCGGAUGCCUGAUGUUUACUCCUUUGCUGCUAUUGCUUCCCACAACAUCUAUUUUCUACAUUUUCUUUACAGUCACAUAUGGUGCAGUCUUGGCAAUUCGUGGAGGGCUAAGGGUUGUCCUUGCUUUACUUCGUGGUUUCCCAUUCUUUGCUGCGGGUGUCUGGCUUCUUCUAGGAAGGGGAUGGUUCCCGAGCGGAAUGUGGUUCAAGGUUUUGGAACUUGAACGGGAGUUGGUUGCAUCAGGCCUGAGCCGUAAGCGUGUUCAUGUCUCUGACCGUGUGGCUGCUGAGAAGAUGGUUUACCCCAACAGCUACUUGGAGAACGUGGAGAUACAGGGGAAUAGUGUUUUCCAGGGGAAAGCAUUGCAGGCCAAGGGUAAAGUUCCGCUGGAGCAUUCAGAAUCACUGGGGACGAGGGUCUUACGGAGCAGAGAGGGAAAUGGACCCAAAUCACGUAUGGGUGAGAGUGGGGAUGGUGGCACUAGAAAUUGUUGUCACAUAUACGAUGGAAAAGAUCAGGACAGAGAGAGUAGGACGGAGCGGGACUGGAGGGAUCAGGACAAAACAGUCAGAAGCUCUGGAGUAGAGGAAGGAGGUAUGGCAACACACAAGGAAAUGUGUUGCAUGGAUGGCGUGAGUAUGGGAGAUGAUUGUGAAACCAUGAAGGGAUGCGAGCCUGAGCGGAGACAGAAAUCGAAGGCGUUUGCCAGAGCGGCUUUUGAGAAUGACUGCCCGAGACCCAGUGAUUCAGGGAUGGAGACAGAAAAUCGGAAAUACAUACAGCAGUGUGUAGCGAGGGAAGCAAUUUAUAUUGUCGUCAACUGUAAUGGAGCCUCUUUGGUGCCACGUCAGCCACAGUGCCACGUCAGCAGUGCCACGUCAGCCACGGUGCCACAUCAGCAGUGCCACGUCAGCCACAGUGCCACAUCGGCAGUGCCACGUCAGCCACAGUGCCACAUCAGCAGUGCCGCGUUAGCAUUGCCACGUCAGCCACAGUGCCACGUCAGCAUGACGGGUCCAGCUCUGGGCCUGCCAGGCCAACUGGCCAAUGAGUCCAUUGCCGACUACAAACAGCGCUUCCAGGCUCAGCUCGUUUUCAUCGAGGCUGAGGAACAACGCCAGCUGGCAGCGGAGGCUGCCCGCCUACAGGCUGAAGCAGCGGCAACAGCAGAGAAGCUGCGGCUACAGGCCGAAGCAGACGCAGAUGCCCAGGCUCGCCGCAAGGAAGCCCAGGAUCUGCUGCAGCGGCAUGAAGCCAACAACAUCGAAAGACUCAAGUUCUGGCACUUUGAACCGAACGGCGACGACGCAACACCGGAAGAGCAGCAUAAGGAGUUCCUCUCCAAACUCGUAACACGGUUGUUGUAUGCUUGCAACUACCAACGGUCCGAGUUAGAGAGACAGAACCAGGAACUGCAGCAACAGUACCAGGAUCUGAAGACACAGCACCAGGAGUUGGCGAACCUCCGCCGGAUAGUGCAGAGCCACGAGGAUGCAACACGGGCACUCAAUUCCCGUGUACUGGACCUGGAACAGGCUGUACCAGGACCAGAUGCUGGGGCUUCCAGCAGUGCACCCUCUAGCCGCCAACUGGAGGAACGCGUUGACCACGUAGUGGCAAUGCUCGGCGACAUCAGCAGCCAGCUGGACACGUUGAAGACCGAGGUCCAGCAAAUGCAGUCGACGAACUCGGAUGGCAAUCCAAAGCUGUACAAGAUGCCAACUUUCCAACUGGAGAAGUUCGACGACUACACACAUCAGGAUCUGGUCCUCUGGUGGGAAGCGUUCACGACGCAACUUCGGAUUCUGCCUCCACCCACGGCGAAGACGUCACAAAUCUCGCAACUACAUCAAGGCGACACAGCAACAUGUGGCUGGCUCACAGAAUGGCAGAAGAUCGCGGCAGUGCCCGAUUUGGACUUACCAUUCACGUAUCUACGCCGUGAGUUCUACAACAGGUCAUGCGCUGCGCUGAGCCAGGCACUUGGUGAUCGCGAGCAGUAUGCAACUUUCGCCGAAAUCAUCGACAAGGAGAGGGAGAUCAUCAAGACCAACAGGGCAGCUGCACACGAGAGGUCAACGUGGCAGCCGACCUAUGUGGAGAAGGUAAAGACUGGUCCGCGACCGCAGCACUUCGCUGCAGUCCAAUCGGACAGUGGAGAAGACCCAGCAGCCACCCCAGCAUCACGUGACGAAGAUCAGGUGGCUGCUGUCCAGCCGCGAAGCAACAACAAGUCCCGGAACAAUGGGAAGGCGAAACCAGCAUCGCAGGCCGGAAAUGGACAGCCAGCACCAUGGGUCAAGUUUAGCUUGACCGAGGCGGAGUACAAGUACCGCGGCCGCUACGGCUGCUGCUACUGUUUCGCGGGAGGUGAGGCGACUUCACCUUCCACUCCGCCAGAUUCGGCCGCCUUGCUAGCGGCCUCCAACACAUCUGGGGAGGAUGCACCUUCCACUGCGCCAGAUUCGGCCGCCUUGCUAGCGGCCUCCAACACAUCUGGGGAGGAUGCGAAUGUCGUAAGUUCUCGGUACACUUACGAGGACUAUGCUGUCCACUUGGUUCCACCACUGGACCAACCGCUCCACGUGCAACAAUCAACCGCAUGCACGGUUUCAUCACCAUCGGCAAGCGAUUCGGCAGCUUCGCCGCCAUCUAUCGCCGGGGAUUCGUCGUCAUGGUCAAGACUUGAAGAGCCCGACCCAUUGACGUUCGCGCACUUCCAAUGGAUGCCUGUUCCCUCGACCAGACGAUUGCCGAAACCGCAUUGCAAUGUGCUCAUGGCACAACUGCGGGAUUACUUGCACACUGCAGUACCAACUCCGUUGAUGGACGCCGGAGUAGAGGUUGUCGAUCUUCUCGCCUACAUUGCGAAGAUCGACCGCAAGUUCAAGACGCAAUGGUACGACGACAUCGACGCACCAUUGCUAUAUGUACGCAUUCAGAUCGGAGAGGCGACCUGCAGCGCUUUGAUCGAUUGCGGAGCAUCUCGCAACUACAUGAGUCAGGACUUCAUGGUACGCGCCGGCCUUGGCCCACGAGUCCGAAGGAAGUCCCAGCCCACGCAAGUCACGUUGGCGGACGGUCACAUGCACAAGUCAAUCGACCGAUGCAUUAAUGACGUCCCAGUGUACUUUGCCCCUCACGCAAGUGAGGCGGUGUCCUUUGACAUUCUGGACACCAAAUUUGACAUGAUCUUGGGCAUGUCAUGGCUGCGAAGCGAGGAUCACCCGGUGAACUUCUACCGCCGCACCGUUCACGUUCGUGAUCGGAACGAAAUAAUAGUCCCAUGCACGGUGCCUCUUCCUCAUCCUUGGAUCAGCUGCCACGUGGUAUCUGCCGCAAGCAUGCAAGCUUCCAUCAUCAGAGACGACAUCGAGGAGAUGGGGGUGUGUUUUCUCCACGCCCUCCCGCCCCAUGACGCUUCAUCGACGGACUCAUCUUCGGAUCCACGCAUCACCGAACUUCUCGACGCCUACAGCGACGUGUUCGAAGGCCCGCACGGAGUAGUACCAGAUCGGCCCAUCCACCACGAGAUCAUCCUCGAGGACGGCGCCGUACCUCCGCGCAGUUGCAUCUACCGAAUGAGCGAGGAAGAGUUAAGUGUGCUUCGGGCACAACUCGACGACCUUCUGGAGAAAGGCUGGAUUCGGCCUAGCUCAUCGCCAUACGGUGCUCCUGUUCUCUUCACGAUCAGAAACGUCGGCCCUCUCCCACGCAUCGACGAUCUUCUCGAGCGACUGGGCGGCGCCAAGUUCUUCUCCAAGCUCGAUCUCAAGUCGGGAUAUCACCAGCUCGAGAUUCGGCAGGAGGAUCGCUACUACACCGCGUUUAAGACGCGAUAUGGGCAUUUGGAAUGGCUGGUUAUGCCAUUUGGCCUUACGAAUGCCCCGGCCACCUUCCAAGCGGCUAUAACAACGGAGUUCCGACAAUACGUACUUAUCUACCUCGACGACAUCCUGGUGUACAGCCGGAGUUUGGACGAGCAUGUGGAACAACUGCGCACCGUUUUGGAGUGGCUACGACAAGGCAAGUACAAAGCCAACCGCGACAAGUGCGAAUCCCCGCGGCAGGAGCUGGUGUACUUGGGACAUUAUGUGACGCCGCAAGGCAUCCGUCUGCUUGCGGACAAGAUCGAGGCCCUACGAGUAUGGCCCGAGCCCACCAACACCACGGACGUUCGUUCAUUCAUGGGAUUGGCGGGCUACUAUCAGCGAUUCAUCAUCGGAUACUCACGGAUUGCNGUAUGGCCCGAGCCCACCAACACCACGGACGUUCGUUCAUUCAUGGGAUUGGCGGGCUACUAUCAGCGAUUCAUCAUCGGAUACUCACGGAUUGCUGCACCUUUGACGCGAUUACAAUCGCCAAAGGUGCCAUUCGUAUUCGAUGACGACGCACGCUGGUCAUUCCAAACACUUAAGACGGCCAUGCUCAUGGCACCCGUCCUGACCCCACCUUGCCGACGAGAGACUCGCCCAAGCACCGUGUCUUCAGGACUCACGGGCGCAAGUGAGGAAGAGCUCUUCGCUCGUCCUGAAGAUGUAACGGCCUACUGGCUCUUCGGGCGGAGUGUUUCAGCAGCUACACACAUUGAACCGAAUGCGGAAGAUUCCGAACGGGGGAGCGACUAUGAAUCUCUAGAUGUUAUUUGCAAAGAGGAAGCGGAAGAUGCUGAUGACAUGGAGAUUCGACCCUUGCCUGUGCGUGGUAGAGGAAGGGGUGGAGGCGUGCAUCAAGAGAAGGCUGUUUCCAGUGGUGGUCGCCGGUCGAAGGGUCCUACAGGCGAGAAGGGUGGGAAGCAUCCGUCUUGGAGUGUUGAGGAGAUGCUCAAGCUUGCCCGGGCGAAGAGGGACCAGCAAACUCAUUUUGAGGGCAUGCCACACAACUACAAACGAAUACGCAACAGGGAAUGGAAGUUGCAGGACCUGCAAAAGCAUUUGCUGGACGUGGGGUUGAACAGGACGAUUGACGACAUCGACAAGAAGUGGGACAACCUCUUCCAGCAGUACAAGAAAGUGCAACGACGCCAUGUGAGGGGCAAGACCAUCUACCCGGACAACGUCGUCGACACAAGCACACAUGGAGGACUGCGGAUGCCUCGUUCCCCAUCCAUUGUUGGAGAAUCCGCUACCGGGGGUGAUGGGGGUGAUGGGAACGACGACAAAGAAGGGUCGGCCCGGGAGUCCGACUACAGUGCAGGCAGCACGGAAGGGAACUGCAAGAGGAAGAACGUGCGCCAGCAGACAUUCGACGCCAUCGUUGAAGUUAUGGGGAGACACGUCGCAUUGAUGGCUGACACCGUCGAGGGGGCCAGCAAGCGACAAUGUUCCAUUCUGGAGCGGUUGUGCGACAUACUUGAGCGUGAGGUUGAUGCCCAAGGGCGACACUACGAGGCGUCCGAUGAGGCGAACAGGUUGAUGUGCACCUCAUUGCUGGAGAUCAUAAAAGCCAUUAGGGACAGCGUCGUCCUUCGUCAUGCGACGAUUUCAUUGUGGUCGCCAGCGAAGCGCAUGUGCGAUCUGACGACAGACCUAGCUGUUUAUGUGCUGCAUGUGGUGUAUAAUGGAAGCCAUUUCUAGAAUGGCACCUUUUGUUUAUGAAUAAAAACAACAUCCACGU